AUGGCAAUCAACAAUGUUGAUUCUUUUGCUCGGACAUUGAAAUAUGCAGAGUUCCCAAGGCAUUAUAGUUAUAAUUGGAAGGAUAGAUAUUGGAAAAGAAGAAGAAAUCCGAAUGGUUCUAUUGGAAGGAUAUGUUACGUCCCACCAUCUCUUGGUCCUGUAUACUACUUGAGAAUACUACUCAAUCAUGUAAGGGGACCAAGGAGCUUUAAGCAUCUGAAAUUUGUUAAUGGAAAACAAUGUAAAACCUACAAAGAGGCAUGUGAAGAAUUGGGACUGUUAGAUGAUGAUAAGGAAUAUAUUGAUGCAAUUAAAGAAGCAAGUUCAUGGGCUACAACCUCUUGGUUAACAAAUUUUUUUGUCAUGUUACUCCUUUCAAACUUUGUAACACAUCCCGAUGAUCUUUGGGCCAAAACAUGGUACCUCUUAGCUGAAGAUAUCUUAUUUAGACAAAGGAAGAUUGUUAACUGUCCCGGUUUAAUGCUUGUUGAUGAAGAGCUUAAAAUGUUUUGUUUGUCGGAGAUCGAACAACUUAUGCUGACAAAUGGAAGUACCCUUAAAAACUUUCCUGAAAUGCCUUUCCCCGAAAACCACUACUUGUCAUCAAUCAACAAUCAUUUAAUAAGAAAUGAGUUGUUGUAUGAUAAGUCGGCUCUCAGGGCAGAGCAUAUCCAAAUGUUGUCAACCUUAACCCAUGAACAACAAGCCAUUUAUAAAACGGUUAUGAAAGCUAUAAGCAACAAUGAUGGCGGUAUUUAUUUUGUUUAUGGAUAUGGUGGUACCAGCAAGACAUUUCUUUGGAAGACACUUACCGCUGCAAUACGAUGUGAAGGUGAAAUUGUGCUCAAUGUUGCAUCUAGCGGAAUUGCUUCUCUUUUACUAAGCGGUGGAAGAACGACUCAUUCAAGGUUUAUAAUUCCCAUCAAUAUUAAUGAGAAUUCAGUUUGUUCUAUUGAGCCCAACAGUGAUUUGGCUGCUUUAAUACAAAAAACCAAAUUGAUCAUUUGGGAUGAAGCACCAAUGAUACACAAACAUUGUUUUGAAGCUCUUGAUAGAACAAUGCGAGAUAUUUUAUGCUCUUCUCAACCAAAUAGUGAAGAUAAAGUUUUCGGGGGCAAAGUUGUUAUAUUUGGAGGUGAUUUUCGUCAAAUCUUACCUGUCAUUCCUAAAGGUUCAAGAAGUAAUAUUGUUAAUGCUUCUUUGAAUUCAUCUUAUCUUUGGCACCAUUGUAAAGUCCUAAAAUUAACCGUCAAUAUGAGAUUGAGGGUUGGCUGCGACCCAACACAUGUGGAAGAGAUUUCUGAAUUUGCUGAUUGGAUUUUAAAGCUUGGUGAUGGAGUACUUGGUGAUGCAAAUGAUGGUGAAGUUGAUAUUGAAAUACCUCAAGAAUUGCUCAUAAGUGACUCAGUGAAUCCACUUAAAUCUUUAAUUGACUUCACAUAUCCCGAUAUAUACAACUGUUUGGAUCAACCUCUUUAUUUCCAGGAAAGGGCAAUUCUUGCACCAACCCAUGAUUUUGUCAAUCAAAUCAAUGAAAAGUUGUUAGAAAUGAUGCUCGGAGAGGUGCAAGAAUAUCUAAGCUCAGACAGCUUAUGUGAAUCGGAACAAAUAACAGAUGUCGAUGAAGCUUUAUUCUCUACUGAAAUUUUGAACAACAUGAGAUUGUCUGGUUUGCCUAACCAUAAACUUGUGUUAAAGAUUGGUGUUCCUGUUAUGUUGCUUAGAAAUCUUGAUCAACCAAAUGGGUUGUGCAAUGGCACCCGUUUACAAGUUGUGAAACUUGGUAAACAUGUCAUUGAAGCAAAAAUAAUAACCGGAACAAACGUCGGCCAUCAUACUUUAAUUUCAAGAUUAAAGAUGUCUCCAUCUGACCAACGUAUUCCAGUCAAAAUUUGCAGAAAACAAUUCCCUGUAGCCGUAUGUUUUGCAAUGACUAUAAACAAGAGUCAAGGACAAUCUCUUGAUCGUGUCGGUUUGUACUUGCCGAAGCCAGUUUUCAGCCAUGGUCAGCUUUAUGUGGCCGUUUCAAGGGUCAAAAGCAAAAGAGGCUUGAAGAUUUUAAUAUUAGAUGAAGAUGGCAUGAUUAGUAACACUACUACAAAUGUGGUUUACAAGGAAGUGCUUCAAUGUUUAUGA